CUUGUUUCUACUUCAUGCACGGACCUGCAAACGGCCAGGAGUGAAGUGCCCGGGACGAAAUUGCGUUACGGUUCAGAAGCUACUGAGUCACAUGAACAGUUGUGUAGAGCCUCAAUGCUUGUAUCCUCGUUGUCGUCCCACAAAGUCGUUGAUUAGCCACUAUGUAAAAUGCAAGGAUCUCUGGUGCCCCGUCUGUGUACCAGUGAGGACAUACCGUAAGCAACAAGCUAAUGAGCGUGCCCUGGCCGGUUUGAAAAUCAAAAGCAGUAAAGUGGACAAAGCUCGAGUAUCAAACGACUCAGUACGGGCCUCUGCUGGAGCUGGUUCUGGUGCUCCUCGUUGUGCUGAUACUUCCGGUAAUUUGAAACUCCGAGAGGACAUGAGAACGCUUGUCCUCAGCGAGGUACAGAAACAGAAUCCGUGUGCAGCUGACGAUGCAUCAAAGGAGGAUUACGUUAAACCAUCAGCCCUCGAAUCUCGCAUGUCAAGGUUAAUAAAAAGGAUAAAAUUGAAUGAUGACAAUCAGAUUCAGCAAAAUGCCAACUCUUCUGCACCUGGGACUAUAAUAACAACCACUCCUGAAGUUUCUGAGACCACCAUGGAGAUAGAGAAGGUUCCUGAGAACAGAGAUCAGUUGGAUUUAGAGGUGGCAGAGAUUCUGAUGUCCAUGAGGGUUAUCGCUGAAACAUGAUCCGAAUGUUUUUCAAUUACUUGUGUUACAAGUAAUGAUGGAAUCAUAUAAGUGUAACUCCAUGCUUCAGUAUU